AUGAAGAUCUGGGCGCUCGACGAGAGGCAGCCGUGCGCUGACGAGGCGUGGCGCGAGCGGCGGGUGCUCUUCAACCCGGAGGGCCUCCACCCCGAGAGGCUGUAUGCGGAUCUGGGGGUGGACGCGUGGGCGGUGAAGCUGAGAGCGCCACUCGGCGAAAUCGGCGCUGAGGCGGCGUCGUACGCGUCCGGCAAGGUGCGCCCAGAGUGCGUGGCGGGCCUGAUGCGUCUGCUGGCGCUGCGCGGCGCCGCGUGGGCGCGCCACGCGGACGCGCUGGCGCUGUGGCCGACGGCUGACCAGGUUGACCUCCUGGACAAGCGCUUCGGGGGGGAGCUUACUAAGGGGGACGUGCUGGGCGUCGAGGCCGAGCAGCCCGACAGCGACGACGACGGCGGCGACGAGGGCGGCGGCGGCGGCGGCGGUGCGCUUGGCGGGGGCCGCCUGCCAGCGGACGCGGGGCCGCCACGGGGCGGCGGCGGCGGCGGCGGCGCGCGGUCCGAGCGGUCAGGGCGCUCAGGCUCGCGGCGCUCGCGUGGCACGAGGGGGCGGCGCUCCCGCGCCAGCAGCAAGAGCAGCAAGCGACGCCGCCGCGUCCGCGCGCCGCGUAUGCCGCCGCUCGACGCGCAGAACGACGCCUUUGUGCGCGCCAAGGCGGAGGCGGCGCGGCGGCGCGCGGCGCGGGACGUGGGGGCGGAGGCGAGGCGGGCGCUGGUGGAGAGGGCGGCGUCGCCCGAGAUGAGGGCUCUGCGGGCGGCGUGGGCGGAGUGGAAUCCGCAGAGGGCCGCGGCGCGGGAGCUGGAGAGGCGGGUGGCGGCUGGGGAGCUGACGCUCGAGGACACGAUUAAAGCGCGGUUCCCUCCAGAGCCCAGCGGCGGCGGCUGCGGCCGCGGGCCGGUGCCAGGAAAGGUCCCCCCUGAGGAGGCGGCUGCCCUUGGCUGGUGCCCGCACAGCCAGCCCUUCCUGUGGCCCGCCCCCAGGCCGCCAGGCAAGUUCGCUCGGCACGAGCUGCGGCCGUCCGAGGCGCGAGCACUUGAGCUGCGGGAGCCUUGGGAGGAGGGCGCAGCACAAGGGCAGCUGCCGCAGGGGAGCGCGUGUGGCAGCAGCGGCGCCGGCGCGGGCCCCAGCUUCCAGGCGGUGGUGCGGCAGGAGGGCGCCGGCGUGUUCACGCAGGACCCUGCUUUCUGGAGGUCAGUCCAUGAUGCAGGUGACAUCCACGACGCACACCUCGCGUCCCUCAAGGCGGCAGAGCGCAAGGCCUGGGAGGCGGCGCUCGUGUCCAAAGACACAACAAUGCACGUUCUUUCGGUGCCCUGCGGCGCCAAAGCCGCGGCGCAGGCCGACCGGCUGCGGGGCCUGCUGAGGGACCCGCCCGCAAAAAAGGGGUUCGCAGUCGCGCGGGCAGACCCGCCGCCCAUAUCGAUGGAUUUGCGGGAGCCCUGGCUGCCACCAGCCAAGGCGGCGGCUGGCGGCGCGGGGGCGGCGGCGGCGGCGGCUGGCGGCGAACGCGUCCCCGAGUUUGAUUCGCUGGCACGCGGGCGGCCGCGCAGCCGGGUGUUCAAGCCUGGGUGGAGCGACGCGUGGGGCGCGGGGCUGCAUGACGGGGAUGGCGGUUGA